GGAGAAGAUGGAAGUGGUUUACUCAUUGAAUCAGGGAAUUGUUGGAGAAAACUGAACGUGCACCGUGUCUUGGAUGAAUCAACUACAAACCAUGUUAAGAAGUUGUCUGAAGAAGCUGAACGUAAAUCUAAGUCUCGUAGGAAGGGCCGAAAAUCUUGGGAUGUUUUUUGAGCUCUUUUGUGGCAUGAUUGGAAGGAAAUGAAUGUGAGGUCUUUCAAAGAUAACUCUUAUGUUUUAAUUCCUUUUGCGAUCUUGUAAAAAAUACGAUGUCUGGGUGGAUAUCUCUAGGUACGAAAUUCUUUUGCAAUUACAACCUCCAGAUGAUUAUUAAUGAUUUGAAAGCUCACCAUGUCUGUUUGGGAAGGAGGUGCCCUUUUCCCCGAGGGUGUAGUUGGGGAGUCGAGGUAAAUGUUAGUGUGCUAACUAAACAAUACCUACUUUCUCCAUCCGUCUUUCAGAGAGAGCUUUUUUGUGGUUUGUUGGGGUGUGAGAUGUAAUUUGGGAUCUUUUGGGGGAGAGGAUGAUAGGGUGUUUAGAGGUUGAGACAAGGAUCCUUACGAGAUUUGGUUCUUAGUGAGGUUCCACGUUUCUUGUGGGCUUCAGUUUAGAAGCUUUUUUGCAAUCACUCUAUUGAUAACAUUUUACUUAGAUGGAGCACUUCGUGUAGCUGGCGCGUUCCGGUAUGAUGGUUUUUUUUUAUAUUUCCUUGUAUUCUUUCAUUUUUUCUUAGUGAAAGUUGUUUUUCAAAAACUAAACAAUACCUACUGUACUUGCUAACAAUGAAAUUCUGCCUUGGUGGUGCAGUUCUCUAGAAACUUGCAUGGCAUCUCACAGAAAAGCUGUCUUUCUGUUUUACAUUUGCCAUGUUUAGCCUCCUUAAGACAAACAAAAUAAAAUCAAUUGAGUAAUUUGCACACAGAAUCAUACAUGAGUACUGACAUUUUUAAUAUAAAUUAAUUUAUAAACGUUGGUGAUAUAUAAUUAAAUUUGCUUCAACCACCCGCUUAAACUUUUGGGUGAAGUUGUGGUUUAGGGUUUAGGGAGGUCUUGUGUUCAAGCCCCUGCAUUAUCGUUUCCUCCCCGAUUAAAAUUGAUUUCCACUUGUUAGGCCUUUCAAAUAUUUCAAGCCCACGAGUGUUGGGGAGUGUUUGGUGAUAUAUAAUUAAAUUUUCCUUCAACCACCAACUUAAGCUUUUGGGUGAAUUGGUGGUUUAAUAAUAUAGAUACACAUGAUAUUAUUUAAAAGAAUUUGUUCUGAAUAUACCCGAACAUACAUGAUAUUAUUUAAAUCAACCGAGUAAUUGGCACACAGAAUCAUACCUGUGCUCAGAAUAUACAUGAUGAUUUUUAACAGUUAGAAGACUCUUCAUUACUAGUGCUUUGUCAAGGGAUCUUCUCAACCUGUUGCCCUUAGAGCUAUCGUCUUAGAACCUGGGAAUCCAUCCAUGAAGAAUCAAAUAAAGCAAUUGGCUGCUGCCGAAGCUAAUCCGUGGAGGCAUUUUAAGAAUAAGAAAGAGCCUCCCUUUAAAAAGCAGAAAAAUGAAUUGUCUCAAGUUGGGCCUCCAAAAUCUACGUAUAAACCUGGUAUGCCAUCCUUACCUGCUUCUAAGGAUAGGCUAUCUUCUUCACCUAUUCCAUUGCCACCUGAGCAAUUCGGUGGUCCAGUAUCUCAAUUUGGGUCUGCAAACACCAAUAAGACCCAUGUUAUUGCAGAAGAUAUUAGACCUCGAGUACCUGCUAAGAUUAAUCCUGCUGCUAGCAACGAGAAGGAAAUCCUGACCAUAGCUCCAAAAGGAGUACUUGAAACACCAGGACAGGAAGGGAAUAGUGGAGCUAAACCAACAGACUUGCAAGGAAUGUUGUAUAAUUUACUUCUGGAGAAUCCCAAGGGGAUGAGUUUGAAGGCCUUGGAGAAAGCUGUUGGCGAUAAAAUCCCAAAUGCUGUGAAAAAGAUUGAGCCAAUUAUUAAAAAAAUUGCAACCUACCAAGCUCCAGGGAGAUAUUGUUUGAAAUCAGGAGUUGAGUUGGAAGGCUCUAAAAAACCUACAUCGGAAGGUGAAAGCUCUCCUUUGGUCAGUCAUCACCAAACCUCUGUACAUGAAGACCUCCCUGAUCAAAUAAAUGCUCCAGAAUUGCAGUUAGAAGCAGGAUGUGGCAUUGAUUUGGAGGAAAAGGUAGAAACCUCUCAAGCAAACAAAGAAUCAAAUUUCUUGGAGAAAAAUGGUAUCCAACAGCCUGAUCCUUUUGCUGAGAAAAAAGGUUCUGAAAAUAGUGAAGGCCAGGCAGCUAGUUCUUCUGACAACGAAAGUGACAGUGAUUCAGAUAGUGAUAGUAGUGAUAGUGGAAGCGAUAGUGGGAAUCAUAGUAGGAGUAGAAGCCGAAGCCCUGUGGGUAGUGGGAGUGGGAGUAGCAGUGAUAGCGAAAGUGAUGGGCCUUCCAAUAGCCAGGAGGGUUCUGAUGAGGAUGUAGAUAUCAUGACCAGUGAUGAUGACAAAGAAUCCAAGCAUAAAUUGCAAGCUUCUGUGCAGGGUUUCUCUACAUCCCCUGCUGCUUGGAAAAGUCCAGAUGGUGGGCCUGUGCAGAUUAUAGAUGAUGAGAAGGAAGACGGACAAGAAUAUGAUGCAAUUGAUAUUGAGAAAGAUUCUUCUGAUGAUGAGCCAGAUGCUAAAGUUGAUGGUCGUAGUUUACUUCCUACUGAAGAAGUUGGAAGACCCGUGGAAGAACCAAGAUCCUUUUCACCAUACCCUGAUGAAUUCCAAGAGCGCCAAAAUUUUAUUGGAAGUUUGUUCGAGGAUAGGGAAAAUAAUGUUGCAGACAGUGCCAGGCAUGAACAAUCUGACAGCACAGGUCGGAUAUCUAAAGGCAAAUCUAAAAGGAGUUCUGAUCUGGAGUGCUUAGAAGAGAAAGCUGAUCAUACCAAGAGAUUAAAAUCUGAAAGCUUAGCCCAACAACCAGUUUCUGGUAAUUGGGGAGUCCAAUUACAGAGUCCUCGCAAUUUAUCUCCUAGUAAACUCAAUAGAGAUUCUGUCAGAAAUCUUACAAGUCAAGUUACUAAUAAAGGGGAAAUUAAAGGCAAUUCUGAUUUUAGACCGAAAAAGGGAAACAAAGAAACAGUAUCAGAAAAAAAUAGUUCAGAUGUUCCACAAGCAGGUUGGAGGCCUCAUGACCAAAGUGGAGGAGUGAGGGCUGUAGAUACAGCUACCAGAGCCGACAAGCAUGGUGAUAUUGGGCGUGGCACUAAACACAUCGAAAAGAGUGGCCAUGCUAAUGAAAAUUUUCAUGUGUUCAAAGAUACAUUUUAUGGAAAUGCUGAUAAUGAAGGGACAAAGGAGAAAAAGGUGUCAAAAAAUUCUAGAUCAGGUGGGCCAGGGGACAAACAUAUACAACCCUUUGACUCCCAUCAGAGUAAACCUGGUGAAAUAGUUGGUAAAUUCAAAGAUGGCCAAACAUUUUCAAGCUCACAGAUGGGGUAUUCACCAAGGGAUAAUAAUAAUAGAGUUAGUGCCAACAGGUCCCCUGUUAAUGGAAAAGGUCGAAUUCUACAAAGAGAGCCUUCAGACCUGGAGUUAGGUGAACUUCGGGAGCCUUUCCCUGAGGAAGCACGGGGUAAAAAGAAAUUUGAAAGAAACAAUUCGUUGAAACAGUUGGAGAAUAAAGAAAACACUACAGAUAUCUGGGGUUCAGAUUUAAAUAAAGGAAAAUCUAAUUUGAAGGCUAGUUUAGAAUAUGGAAAGCGGUCGUCACCCCAUGUGAGUACUAAGUUUCCCAGCAAUCCAGAAGGCUCAAAUAAAAAGAAAAAUUCAGAACAUAUGGUUGAAGAUUCUAACAGGCUUAACAACCGGUCUCUGCUGUCUCAUUCACAAUAUAAUUCAAGAAUAGAUCAUGCUGAAGUCGACAAGUCAGUUGAUGGAAAUGUAAGACCUAAUCAAGGGAAUGGUCCAGAAGGCUAUGUGGAAAGCAACAGAAAAGCUUCUGUUGGCAUUUCCCAGCUGAAUGAUACAAAAAGAGAACAGCUUCCCUCAAAAAAAGGAAGUAAAAGACAAGCACCUAAUCCAAUAACCGAAGUUACAGAUGGACUUAAGAACCCAAUAUCAGCUGAGCAUGAAAAUAGCGAUCCAAAGAGACGAGAUUCCUCUUCAGAUGAAAAUAGUUGUUCAUAUUCCAAGUAUGAAAAGGACGAACCAGAGUUGAAGGGAGCAAUCAAGGAUUUUUCUCAGUACAAGGAAUAUGUACAGGAGUAUCACGAUAAAUAUGAAUCGUACCUAUCUUUGAACAAAAUCCUAGAAAGCUACAGGACUGAGUUCUGCAAACUCGGAAAGGAACUUGAUUCUGCUAGAGGACAAGAUUCGGAGAAAUACUUUAAUGUCUUAGGACAGUUAAAAGAAUCCUAUCGGCUAUGUUCAACGGCACGAAUAUUUUUGUAUGCCUUGAUCUGUAUACAUCAAUUUUCUCCCCUUGUUGUAUACAAAUUCAUAAUGAAGUCACUCAAACUAAGAUUAAUUUGCAGAGGCACAAGAGAUUGAAAAAAAUAUUCAUUGUUCUCCACGAAGAGCUGAAG